GCACACAGCACCUUUCUCUUGGACUAAUUCACACAUGUGCGUUCAUGCAUUUGUGUAUUUUUAACUGUUUGGACGGGGAACAGAAAAACCUGAAGUUCAAAUGGGCUGAAAAGAGUACUUUUUUGUUGAUCAGUUCAUAACAAUCUGUAUUUGUCAAGAUGAAUAGCUUCGGUAAAUCAGCAUUUUCAAAUGCAAUCAAAGCAGAGGUCAAGAGGCACCAGUCUGUCCAGAAUACUAUCAACAGACUCUUUAAGCAGUUUGAGAGGGUUGAAGAUCCACAGCUGCGUUCCGGUCUCAAAGUUUACCUUCAUAGCAUCCAAGCGGCGAUUGCCAACAGUCAGGAGUGGACCCUGACUCGCUCCAUCCCAGAGCUGCGUCUGGGGGUGCUGGGGAGUCUGCGCAGUGGCAAGUCGGCACUGGUGCACAGAUACAUCACCGGCAGCUACCUUCCGCAUGAGAAACCCGACGGUGGGAAGUACAAGAAGGAAGUGCUGGUGGACGGGCAAAGUCAUCUGUUACUGGUCAGGGAGGAGGCGGGGCCUCCUGACGCCCAGUUCAGUAGCUGGGUGGAUGCGAUCAUCUUGGUGUUCAGCCUGGAGAACGAGGCCAGCUUCCAGGAGGUCUACCAGUUUUUCAGCCAGCUGAACACACAUCGCAGCACAGCCGACAUCCCGCUCAUCGUGGUGGGCACCCAAGACAAGAUCAGCAGUACCAACCCUCGUGUGAUUGAGGACAUCCGAGCCAGGAAGCUGUGUGUGGACGUCCGGCACUCUGUGUUCUAUGAGACGUGCGCCACGUAUGGGCUCAAUGUGGACCGGGUCUUUGCUGAGGCUGCCCAGAGGAUGGUGGCUCAGAGGAAGCAGGCAGCCCUCCUGGCCUCCUGCAAGUCCCUGCCCAACUCCCCCAGCCACUCCGGGCUCUCCACCCCAGGCUCAGCCUCCUUCCCUGGGCAGACCAUUAACGGAUGCCAGAGUAAUGACUACCCCUCCUCACUGCCCUCCACCCCGGUGGUUGGUCACAAAGAGCUCCGGGGCGGGGCGGGGGGAGAGGGGGGCAGCGGUGGGGCCUCGGGCUCCCUGAGAAACAUCCCUCGCAGGCGCACCUCUCUGUUCGCGAACCGGCGUGGCAGCGACACAGAGAAGAGAGCAGCUGACCCCAGGGGGGAUGUGGCUAGUGGACGGGCCAUCAAACAGAGUAUCCUGUGGAAGCGGAGUGGCAGCUCUCUGAACAAGGAGUGGAAGAAGAAGUACGUCACGCUGUUGAACAACGGUACCCUCCGCUACCACUCCAGCUUCAACGACUACAUGCAGAAUGCCCAUGGUAAGGAGAUUGACCUGCUGCGUGUCACAGUGAAGGUUCCAGGGAAACGCCCACCCAGAGCUGUCACCCCUGCUGGACCCGCCCCUGGCGUUAACGGGGUGGUCAAAGAUGGAUCAGCCGGCACCAGCACCAGCACCACAGCAGGCCCCCUGUCGGCUGAUGAAGGUGCGGGGGCCCUGUCCCCCCAGGGAGAGAGAGGUGUCCAACGCUGUCCCUCCUCUCUUUCCAACAAGGCAUUCAGUGUCGAUGCUCUUGAGGGGUCACCCAAUCCCCCUUUUGCAAAAGACCCUGGUCAGUCCUCACCGAUGAGUGACCGAAAGAGGAAAGGAAGGAAGAAGAGCAUGAACCAGAAAGGAGACAGCGCUUUGGGUCAGGCAGAAGCCAAGCGCAAAAUGUGGAAGUUAAAGAGCUUUGGUAGCUUAAGAAACAUUAAUAAGACAGAGGAGGAGAAUGCAGACUUCAUCAUUGUGUCCAGCUCGGGGCAGACCUGGCACUUUGAGGCCCAGACUGAGGAGAGGGAGGCCUGGGUGGCUGCCAUCGAGAGCCAGAUCCUGGCCAGUCUGCAGUCCUGUGAGAGUGGCAGGAACAAGGCACAGAGGAGCAGUCAGAGCGAGGCGGUAGCCCUGCAGGCGAUCCGCAACGCCAAGGGGAACAACCUCUGUGUGGACUGUGAAGCUCCCAACCCGACCUGGGCCAGUCUCAAUCUGGGGGCACUGAUCUGCAUCGAGUGUUCAGGGAUCCACCGUAACCUGGGGACCCACCUCUCCCGGGUCCGCUCGCUUGACCUGGACGACUGGCCCGGCGAGCUCACACAGGUCCUGGCUGCCAUCGGCAACCACAUGGCCAACAGCAUCUGGGAGAGCUGCACCCAGGGCAGGCAAAAGCCCACGCCAAACGCCACAAGAGAGGAGAGAGAGUCGUGGAUCAGGGCCAAAUAUGAACAGCGGGUGUUUGUGGCACCCCUGCCAGCCCCAGGUUUGGGCCUGGAGGAAGAUAGCGUACCAGUAAGGCUGCUCUCCGCAGUGACAGAGAGGGACCUGCCCAGGCUCCUCCUGCUCCUUGCACACAGCAGCAAGGAGCAGAUAAACCUCCAGCCCACCGGGGGGCCCUCCACAUCCCGCGCGGCCCUGCACGCUGCCUGCCACCUGGGGGACGUGGUCAUGACUCAGCUGCUGGUCUGGUAUGGGAGUGAUGUGACAGCAAGGGACCCACAAGGUCAGACAGCAUUGGCUCUGGCCAGAAAGACUGGGAGUAAAGAAUGUGCAGACAUUCUGCUGCAACACGGCUGUCCCAACGAAGUGUCCCCGACCACUGCCACCCCCGGUCUCUCCCGCAGAUCAAGCACUGCCAGUCUGGGGCGUACCAACUCCAGGAGAAACUUCUCCUAGCUCUGAGGGGGAUUUCUGCGGUAGCACACAAGGGCUGGAUGCACAGUGUGAAACAAUAAGAUCAUUUCAGUCCAUGGAUGAACUUGUGUCUGUGGUGAGGAUAAAAAGCAAACAAUAAGGAGAAUACAGACUGUACAACAUAUCAACAAUCAAAAGCAAUGUUGACUAUUUACGCAAAAUGUUGCUGACGUCAUUGUUUGUUGAAACUCAUUUUGUUUUUCUUCAUGCCUGGUCUAAUAGAAGUUUUUCUGUCAACGAACAUUUCAGAUAGAUGAACUGCCACAUGACUUUAGCUUUCUGUUUCACUCCUUCUAAAGAAGUGCAAUACUCCAGUCAUUCCUUUAGAUAGCUAAAGAUUAAUUAACAUUUUAAAAGACCUCUGAAAGGGAUGAGGGACAGUGAGUUGUGAAUAAACAGUCAAGCCAGUAAGGAGACUGUAGCAAGAGAAUAAAGUACAUUGAGAGGGCAUAGCUUUUUGGUUGUUUUUUUGUAGCGACUGGGCCAAAAUGUUAAAAAAUCUGUAUGUCAGUAACCAUGAGCUGUUUCUGUACUUUUACACCAUAGGUCAGUAUUGAUUGUUUUGCAGUAAUUACAAAAAAUUCUACAUAGAAUAGAAAGUCGAACAUCACUUCAGAUGUCCCUAAAUGUAUUGAAUUCACUUGUAAUGAUACAAUAUCUUCCUCUAUUCAUUAUUGUGUUCUACGUUUACUGCUGGUUAUGGACAUAAUAUUUGCCAUACAGGGUAAAACUCCCAAAAUUCAAAAUGAAACAGUUUGUAAAGAAACGAUUUCUAGCAAAUUAUUUUUUUGCCAUUUUCUAGUUUUCCAAACAUCUGUGUUUUGAUUCAUGGUCCUGGUAUUUAUCAAAGACACAGAGCCUAUUACAUCUGUGUCCAUGGUGAUGGCACACCAUUCAUACUAUGGGCAGCAGCUAAACAUUACUGGACUACAAGUUUUGUUAUUUUAUAGUGCCAAAUACAUGAAGGCAGCUGUAACAGUACCAUACUGCACACAAAGUAAAAUAUGUUUGAGCAAAAUAAGCCUUUAAUAAGACAUUUUCAUGUUAAAGUGGUGUUUCAUUAUUACUUUGUAUGUGUAACGUCUAUCAAUCAAAGAAAUACUUAAAUUACCUGAAUAAAGGAACUUUUAUAUGUUG